AUGCGGUCCCUUGUCCUCACCGUUCUCUUCUCGUUCUCCUCCAUCGUCUCAGCAGCAGCCACCCCUCAACUUUACCCCCGCGACGUCCCCGCGGCCCUCCCGCACGCAACCACGAUCCAGUAUUCGGGAAACGGGUGCCCGUCGAGCGACCCGGCCGUCUCCAAGUCCGGCAGCUGGAAUGACCUCACCUUUCGCAUGAACAAUUACGAGGUUUCCCUCCCGGGCAGCGACAGCACCGCCAACUGUGAGGUCCACAUCCAAGCCGCCGGAUGCCAGGCCGGCUGGCAGGUCGGCAUUAAGGACGUCUAUGUCAAGGGUCACUUGGUACUCGACCCGGGAGCUGUGCUUAAUUUCUUUGUGACGAGCUUUUGGAGUCAGGAUGCUGCAAAAACUGUGACCGCCCGUGGCACGCUACAAAACACGGGAACCACGCGACUAGACCAGAUCACCACAGCCCACGCGACUAUUCCCAGCACGCUCAUCGUCUGGGGCCCCUGCUCAGACGCCGCGGGCGACAUCGGUAUCCUGAAUGUCAACUUCCGCACCGCCCUGGUGGCCGACGGGAACCAGUACGCCUACUUUGGCAAGGGUGGUGACGUGGCAGCUACCGAGUCUUUCGGAUAUGUCUGGAGACAGUGUUAG